AUGCCCCGACGAAGGCCUAGGGAAGCUGUGAAGCGAUCAAAGACUUUCACAGGCUGCUGGACUUGCCGAUCCCGAGGAGUCAAAUGCGGUGAAGAGAAACCGGUCUGUGUCAGAUGCAGCAAAGGGUCCUUCCAUUGUGAGGGCUACGGAGUUAAGCUGGUUUGGCCAGAUGAAUACAACAAUAAUCACACGGGCGCCCAGAGGCGCUUGUUUUCCCAGCUGCAGAAGAGCAAUGGACCCACACUCAGUGAACUGCAACUUGAUAUCUCUCUCGAGACUUUGGAUGCAGCGAUCGUCCUCGAUCAAGAGCAAGAUGGCCCCUUUUCGGUCUUUAGGCUGCCAUCCUCUGAAGCAGAAAUUUCCCCCGGGAUUUUGAUCUCAGACAGUGAAAACUCACGCUAUUGUGUUGAUGUGGAGUCCUCAAAUCAGUCCAUCGGAGGAGAUGGGAACUCGCUCUUUACAACCUCGUCUUCCAAAGAGUCCUGUAUCUCAACCACAUUGAAGAGAUUGGGUGAAUAUGGGGUUUUGCACUAUAAUGAAGACAAAGAUUUUCAUAUUUCGUCUGAAAUAUGCCGUUCUCAACCCCGUUCGCAUCACAAAGUGGCAUUCCAUUGGGAGUCCUGGAUGGAAGACGCUAUCGAUCCUCUUGGGCCGCUCGAAUAUUUCACACCUCUCGAUCAGCCGGGACCCCGAGAAGAACGAGAAUUAAUGCAUUACUGGGUGACGCAUCUGAGCGACCUGAUGAUAUCGGUCAGCUUGGUAGAGAAUCCUUACCGUACCGUUUGGAUUCCCAUGGCUCUGGAAUCCUCGAUAGGCAAAGAUUUAUUACUUGAAAACUCCGCUCUGCUUCAUGCGAUCUAUGCGUUGUCGGCUUUCAACAAAUCCCAGCGCAUAGACUCAAAUGGCCUUCCUUACUCCAUUAGCGCCAUCAAACACUACCAAUUGAGUCUCGAGUAUCUCCGACAGGCAUCAAUGCAGCAACGCGAAGCGCAGCUAGAAGUUGUUCUGGCUACAAUCAGUGCUCUAUCGCUCACAGAGGUUAUCAAUGGCAACUUCUCAUCCUGGCGCAACCAUUUAAGAGGCGGUCGUGCAUGGCUACAGUCCAUUGAGCGAGGUAAAUGGACUCAUUUGCAAAAGUCGGUGACUUAUCAGUUCUUCUUAUGUGCUGAAGCUAUUGGAUCCGUCCUCCGAAGGGCUGCUGGGAAUAAAUCCUUGGGGAACACCCAUGCUCGUAUCGUUUGCGACUCAGACUACGUCCAAGAUUCAACUUUUGGUGUUACAAGCAUUUCUCUAGGCACAGACUAUGUUCUUGAUCAAUACUUCGGUAUCACGAAACCCAUAUUGGAGGCCAUCACACAUAUCAAUCAUAUUAUUGGUUCUCCCUACCUUCCUUCCAAGACUGAAUUGGAAGGGCUUGAGAUUAAAAUUCGGCUCAACAGACCGAUUCCUGUAUUGACCAGAAAAGCGAAUUUUGAUCCCGAAAGCCAGGCACUUAUGGAUUACAAAAUGAUGUUCUAUUAUGCCUGUUAUAUUCAUUUCAAACACAACCUACUGCACACAGCGUCAGUGGACCUUCAAGGGGUAAUGGUUUUCUACGAAGGCAAGACUGGGCAUUGGAAGUAUGCCCUCGGCUUUGUCUGUGGUUGUUGA